AUUUGAAAUAUGAACAGAAGACGCGAUAGAGUUCAUCACUGAGGUCUAACAAACAUUGAUUUUAAGACCAAGGGAGAUUCAAUUGCAAUGCAAACUUAUAAGCCGACCUUGAAACAUGCUAAUUUUGGAACAAUGGGUAAAACAGGUUUCAGAAGUAACCCAUAUUCAACAUUUAUGAAUACUAAGAAAAAGACAGUGAUGGGAGGAUUGCCUGAAGUUCCUGAUCCAAAAACUCAGACAACACAGCAAUUUUAUAUUCAACAGGGAAAGAGGAUUCAUGCUCCCACUGCAGUUUUGGGAAAGAGAACAACACAGUUAGAAAAAGAGCACUGGAAUGAUAACGUAUUCACUGGGGAUAAGGCAGAUUUUCAAAUUGACCUCACUGCUAAAGCAAAGAAAAGAAUUAAUAAAUUAGGCUUAGACCAAACUGGGAAAAGGAAGGUAGCUAGACUAGAUGAUGCGCCUCCUUUAGCAGCUACUGACCGUAAAGGAUCUAGAACUGCUGAAGCUACAAUUACUAGCCCAAUGAGGAGAUCAGCCAUGGUCAAGCCAACGACUUUUUCUAAAAUAGAUGUUCAUGCAUCUGCUGCUCAAGAAACCCAACUAGUGAGAUUAGAUAAUAAACAGACCUUAGCAGGAAAAGUUGACUUGAAGAAAGUAAGAGAUAUUAGAAGAGCUAUCAGAAGACGCUACUCUACAAGGAAAAAUCCAAACAAGCUGUUCCACGCUUGGGACCAAAAACAACAGAAAAAGAUCGACACUGACGAUAUCUCAAAAAUGGUUAAUAAAAUGGGAAUCAAAAUUAACAAAGAUGAAGCUUAUGUACUUCUCAAGAGUGCUGAUAUGAAUGGAGAUGAUGCAUUAGAUAUCCAAGAAUUCAUCAAUCUUAUUCACUCUUCCAAUGAAGCUUUGGAUGUUGAUCUAAAAGAAUUAGCUCCGUUAAGUCAAGAGAUAAACAAACAAGGAGGAAAUGCUUCUGCUGCUAUAAACCAUUUAAGUAAAAAUGCAUCAGAUCAAAACGAAAACAGAAUGAACAACCAGAUGAAGUAUUAUCUUCAAAAGAGUACUCAACCAAUAGCUAGAGAUUGAUUAGACGAAGAUGAAGGACACGAAGGGAAUAAGACUUAUAAAAUUGAUAGAAAGAAGUUCAAGAAAAUUCUUCAUCAUCGACUGAACCUCCCAGAAAUUCUCAAAAAUGAUGAAGAUAGGCUAGACAAACUCAUAAAUGAAUAUACAAUUGACGAUAACAACGAAGUCAUUGAUUAUAAAGCAAUGCUAGAAGAAGUAAGAGCAUUUAGUUAUGAUAUUGAAUCCACAAAUGUCCAAAAUAAUGAUAGAAAAGUUUUGUCUCCUCACCAAAGCGAAAGUGAAUACUCUGAACCAAUCGAGCAUUCGACUACUCCCAUGUUAACAGUGCUUGAUAUUCAAAAAGUUCCUUAUAAUAAGGAAGAGGAAAUAAAAUAAGAGAAGUAAUAAGAUUAAUAGAAUGAUCCAAAAGAAGUUCCAGACCCAGGCCGCCCUCGACCAGUACAUCAGACAGAACAUCGAUGCUGAUAGAAACGGAACGGUAGACCUCACCGAGUUCCAGAACCUGGUCAUUUCGACUCUCAAAGACUCCAUCGAGAACAGCGUCAUCGGCAAGAAGGACGUGGAGUGCUUCUUAAGCAACUUCGUCUACAACAAAUACGGCCACACUUCGGUCGACGAAGUUGCGUCCAGGAUAUUCACGUCGGGCGACGAGUACAACAGGAUAAUCGACCAUUUCAGGAAGCCGAAGCCUCCGCCCUCCAAAGUCAACUUCGGGCUCGAGUCGGCCCAGAAGGACGGAGGGCUGGCUGUUGGGGCUCAGAACGAAGCGUUGUGAUGAAAGAUCGUUGAGAAGGCGCUUGGAAACUCCCACAGUAAAUUUCAAUGAUUCAAAUCAUUUGACAAUGAUAAUGACGGCUAUAUUUCUUACCAAGAUUUCGUCAAAUCAGUCAAUAAAAUGGGUAUUAAGGGAAGUAAUGAAGAGAUUGUUUCGAUUGCAAAAUCAAUGGACCCAGAUAAAAAUGGGUUUAUUGAUUACAGACACUUCAUGCAAUACUUCACUCCAUCUUUACCAGACAUAGUCAAGAAUCCAGCUCCAUUUAUGAGAAAGAAAGCUAUAAACACAUCGGCUAAUGGAAAUCUCAUUCCAAACUCAGAUUUGCUACGUGGACAAAUCAGUCGUUCAAAGAGUACUAAGAAUGACUUCAUGGCAGUCACAAACGGAUUCAAGGUAACUUCAGAUAUUCAGAUGAACUUGAAACCAUCUUCUCGUUUCUCUGCGACGCCUCAAUGGAAAAGUACCUUUGAUCAUUAUCAUCAGGAUCCUUCUUCAGCAGGCUUUAUUUCAGAAGCUGAUAGGUUUAAGAAGACCACUAAUAGUUUACAUGUUAAGAACGCAUUCCAAGUGGAUGACAGAGCUAGAAAGACAGUAAUAUCAGAAAGUAGAGUUAACAGAAAGAGAAAUGUCUUUGGAGCGACUGACUGCAAAGCAUUCAACAACGACGUUGCUCACGAUGCCUUUGACCAGAGCAAACUAAACAGGAAAGCCGCUAUUUUCCAGAACUAUGAACGGUUGUGCCACUCCAAGAUAAUUUAAUGCGAUUCAAUCGCCAAAGACGAGAAA